AUGUUGACCACUGCAAUCUCAUCUUCAACUCUUUUCGUUAAAUUUCCUCCUCAUUUUGGAGAUGGGCCGUCGUCUUCCACCAUGCAUUGCCGAACUCAGAAGGGCCGGAAUCCAAAUUCUUUCAGAUUAUUUCCGGUUUGUGAAUUUCCUGCUUUUCUUCCCAAAGAAGUUGAAAAUAUAAAAGACCCGUUUGCCAGAAGAUUGGCCUCAAGAAUUGAAAGAUUACCCGUUCAAGUAAGCUUUUCCAAAAGUUCUAUGAUGAGUAGUUGUGUGAAGCCAAAGCAGCAAACCGAGGCAAAUCCCCUGCUUCUUCUUCAUGGUUUUGACAGCUCGUGUUUAGAAUGGAGGUACACUUUUCCAUUGCUCGAGGAAGCUGGACUGGAAACUUGGGCAAUUGACAUCCUUGGAUGGGGUUUCUCUGAUUUGAAAAAUUCGCCACCUUGUGAUUUUGCUUCGAAACGUGAUCAUCUGUAUCAGUUCUGGAAAUCUUAUAUUCAAAGGCCUAUGGUACUAGUUGGACCAAGCCUUGGAGCUGCUGUUGCAAUUGAUUUCACUGCAAACCACCCAGAAGCUGUCGAGAAACUGGUUUUGAUAGAUGCAAGUGUUUAUGCAGAAGGCACAGGAGACCUCGCAACGUUGCCUAAAGCAUUAGCAUAUGCUGGGGUUUAUGUACUGAAAAGUAUUCCCUUGCGCCUCUAUGCAACGUCAUUGACAUUCAACGGUUUACCUUUAGAUACCUUAUCAGACUGGACUAAUAUUGGUCGUUUACAUUGUUUAUUGCCAUGGUGGGAAGAAGCAACAGUUGAUUUUAUGAUGAGUGGUGGCUAUAACGUCAUUGCCCAGAUUAGACAAGUAACACAGAAGGCACUCAUAAUAUGGGGAGAAAAUGAUCAGAUCAUUGACAGCAAGCUUGCUGUGAGAUUGCAUUGUGAGCUGCCAAAUGCAAUUCUACGCCAAAUCCCAGAUUGCGGUCACUUACCUCACGUCGAGAAACCUGCUGCUGUGUGCAAGUUGAUUAAGGAAUUUCUUUGA